AUGAAGGCAUUUAUUGUGCUCUGCAGUGUAAUUUCCAUAGUUUAUUGCAAAACUUUGGGCACGCACUCUGCCCUCCACAGAUCCGGUCAGAGAUGCGUUAACAUGUGGGAUGAAGGCUGCAUCAAUGGACAACUGAACGGUGCUGGGAAUGAUGACGACUACCUGAAUGGUGGUUUCAACCCUGGUAAGCGAUGCGUCAACAUGUGGGACGAAGGAUGUAUCAAUGGACAACUUAAUGGAGCUGGUAAUGACGAUAACUAUCUAAAUGGCGGCUUCAACCCCGGCAAGCGAUGUGUCAACAUGUGGGACGAAGGGUGCAUCAAUGGACAACUUAAUGGAGCCGGCAAUGAUGACAACUAUUUGAACGGCGGCUUCAACCCUGGCAAGCGAUGUGUCAACAUGUGGGACGAAGGGUGCAUCAAUGGACAACUUAAUGGAGCCGGCAACGACGACGAUUACCUGAAUGGCGGAUUUAAUCCUGGCAAAAGAUCUUUGCACAGUCUGCUAGAAAAGCUGAAGAAAUCCGGACACCACGUGUAG